AUGGAAGAACAUAAACCAGAGCCAUGCCCCUCCGAGGCGUCAAGCAUAUCGGCAGAAGGAGAAAGCUUGAAGAACAAGACCUCCGAUAACAAAGCGGUCACAGAGGGUUCUUCUGAUAUUCAACUCAACAGGAGGGCCGUCAAUCAGUCAUCUUCUAGGGCUUUUCUUGAUCUCAAACUCUCAAAUGUAGAAGACAAGAAAAUGGAGCUCAAUCUCUUUAACCCUUCAAGGGUGGUGGAGGGGGCAACUUCAUCUCAGGCAAGUGAGUCUUCGAAGGAGGAGACUCGGGAAAAGUCUAGGGUUUUCUCUUGCAAUUACUGUAAGAGAGAAUUCUCAACCUCUCAAGCCCUCGGAGGUCACCAAAAUGCCCAUAAACAGGAGAGGCAAAUUGCCAAGAGGCGGCAAAUGGAGGUUCCGCCUUAUGGCCACCUAAUGCCACCACCACCACAUUAUGGUAAUUUUACGUACUACCCUUCGUUUAGUAAUUUGACGAAUACCUCAAUUAGCACCAAUAUUAGGUCAUCACUAGGGAUUAGAAACGAACCAUUAAUCCAAAGGCCGCCUUCGUGGUCAACCUCAUCACUGAAUUAUCGGUUUCCCUCAGUAGGGCAUCAUGAACAAUUCCCCAAUAGAUUACCUCCGUAUUUUGAUCAUAGGACAAAGAUGUUGGAGGGUUUUCAAGGUAACAGUACAAAUACUAGUGUUGGUUUUGGUUCUCCUGCAAUGGCAACUGCAGCUUCGCCCUCUUCUCGAUAUGAAGGUUGCCCAGGAGCUCCUCAUGAUUUUUUUGGAGCUCCUUCUGGAAAUGGAAAUCCUACUGCAACCCAUAAUAAUGGGAUUGAAGGAGAAAAUAGUGCCAAUAAUAUGCUGGCACGGAUAGGUGUGGUUCAUCCAGAGAACCCUCAAGAUACAUCCACUGUUGGUCUUGAUUUAAAUCUCAAGCUUUAA